AUGCACGUGGCAGCCUGGCAGGGUCACUGGGGGGCGCUGGAAGCUCUUGCGGCGAGCGGGGCCGACGUGGACCCCAUCGACGAUGCGGGCAACACGCCUCUCCACGACGCAGCUUCAAGCCGACAGCUUCUCGCGGUGGGCGUCCUGACUGGUCUCGGGGUAUCCACCAGGCAGAAGAAUAAGGGCGGGGAGACCCCUCAGGACCUGUUGGGGAAACCUUCCGCUGAUGAACUCCUCUCCAUGGUAAUGACAGCCGGCAAUCAGAUUGAUACGGACCAGGGUUGGGCACCAUGGCGAAGCAUUGUGCUACGUCUGCGGCCGUGGCGAAAAGGAGGGAGAUGCAGGUUAGUUCUUAUUUUCCCCAAAGUUCCAGUUAUGUGUGUAGAUGCGGAGCACUCGAAGAAAUGCAAGAAUGGAAAAACUGAAAUCAUGUUGUGUAGAGACAAAUUCGAGGAGCAGCAGAAGGAGAUGAAGAGAAAGUACGACUCGAAGGAGGCGGAGGCAGCCAACCUGCAGAAGAAAAUCGGAAAGAUCAAUAAGGAAAGGAAAAAAGAAAUCAAAUUACUGCAGGACAAACUCGAGGAGCAGCAGAAGGAGAUGAAGAAGUAUGACUCGAAGGAGGCGGAGGCAGCCAACCUGCAGAAAGAAAACACAGAGCUCAAGAAGGACCUUCACGAAAAGGAAAAGGAAAUCAAAUUAAUCCAGGUAUGUGUAAGAGACACAGAGAGGGAAAGAAGAGAAUGA